UGGGACUUUGGCCCCGGGAGCAGGCCGUCCCACCCGGCCGGAGACCCUUCCUCCAAUGCCCUCCGCUCCUCUCGGCCCCGCUGUCCACCCGCUUGGGCCUCGCCGGGCUGGGGCCGGGGGCCACACAGUCCCUCUCCCCCUGUCCCCGCCCCUCCGGGGGGGAUGGCAGUGUCCGCCCCGUGAUGUCACCCCCCGCCCCCUGGGUCCCCCCAGCUGGUUGCAUUUGAGCUCUGCGCUCUGGCCCCGAGUGCGAGGGGCUGGAGUGUCUGCCCCACCAGCUGGACCGUGGGGCCGGGGUCCACCGGGCAGGGGGGGCUGAGGCGGGCCACCCCAGGCCGCAGGUCCAGCCCCUUCCGGCAGAUGGACAGCGGCGGCUGACCCCCUUCUUCUCCCUGUCCCCUCUCCCCACCCCCAGCAUGGAUCAGGUCCUCUCCCCCCUGGUUGUGACCUCUGACCCCAGGGUCUUCAACCAGCAGCUGCCCGAGCCCCCCGGCCCCCGCUGUGAGCUGGCGCCCUGGGGCGGCCCCGAGCUGGUGCCCGCACUGGUCUGUGCCCUCUGCUGCUUCUUCAGCGUCGUCUACUGCUGCUUCGGCUACCGCUGCUUCAAGGCCGUGAUGUUCCUGUCCGGCCUGUUCGCCGGCUCCUUGGUCAUCUUCCUGCUGUGCUACAGGGAGCGGGUGCUGGAGACGCAGCUGAGCCUGGAGGUCAGCGCGGGCAUCGCCCUGGGCAUCGGCCUCCUCUGCGGCCUGGUCACCGUGCUGGUGCGCAGCGUGGGCCUCUUCCUCACCGGGCUGCUGCUGGGGCUGGCGCUGGGGGCCGGGGCCCUGCUGGCCACGGAGCCCUGGUACCGGCCUCCCUCGGCCUGGGUGCCGGCGGGGCUGCUGGUGGGGCUGGCGCUGCUGGGGGCCCUGAUGACCCUGCGCUGGCCGCGCCCUUUCACCAUCCUGGGCACGGCCCUGCUGGGGGCGGCGGGGCUGGUGGCCUGUGCCGACUACUUGGUGGAGGGGCUGGCCCUGGGCGGGCGGCUGGGCCAGCGGCUGCGGGCCGUGCCCGGGCUGCCGCCCCUCUGUUGGUACAGCUGGGCCCUGCUGGGCGCCUGGCCGGCCCUGGGCACGCUGGGGGCCGUGGCCCAGUGGCGGCUGACGGCGGAGGGGCGCGGGCGGCCGGACGCGCCGCUGAGCCGGCGGCGGGAGCGACUGCGGCUCCUGCAGCUCCGCCAGCGGGAGGCGAAACGGCGGCAGAGCCACGGGCCGGGGAGCGAGGGCGGAUACCGGCGGCCGCCCCCGCCCCGGGCCCGGAGCCCGGCGGACGGCCUCGCUCCGAGCUACCUCCGCAGCCUGCGCGACCGGCCCCGAGCGCCGCGCUCCGCCCCGCACACCGUCCUGGACCUGGACUACGACAGCGGCUCCACCACCCCGCUCACCGCGCCCCCGGCCGGACGCCCCUGAGCCUCCCGCCGCCCCGGAGGGGCCCAGAAGGAAGUGGGGAGGGCGGCCCCUCUCCCACCCAGGCUGGGGAAUUCCCGCUCCGCAGGCCCGGCCGGGAAGCUGCAGCCCGGGGCUUCCACCCGCCCCUUCCGCCGGUCCGCGCUGACCGUGGAACUCUAACCCCUAACCCACCCGGCCCGCUCCCGACACUAACCUGGCUCGAAUGCACCACGGCCCCGGGCCUCGCCCCCGGUCGGCAACCUGCAGCUGGAGUAGGGGAGGGGCUCCAGGUUACCGGGGAUGGGGCGACCCAUAAAAUAAUCGUCAUGGCAAUAAAUACCAUCAUUAACACCGUU